AUGAAGCAGCAGCUGCAGCCGCUCAUCACAGCUGGAGGAGGGCUCCUGUGUAAUGUCCAGAGACCAGGGGCAGUCCUGCUCUGCGACCCAGAGGAUAAAACUGCUGAGGGAGAGAAUGCGGCUCAAAGGUUUGUGUCGACGCAUUACAUUCAAGACUGCACUGAGAAGAACAAGAGGCUGAACAUAGAAGAUUACAGACUGAACAUAGGGGCCGCAAACUCUGUCAGAACAAAACCCACCGGGAGAUCAGGGUCCGGGAGAUCAGGGUCCGCGACCGCAUCAGGACGGUCUGCCUACACCACCGAGGAGGACGAUGCUAUUCUCCGCUACGUGAGCAAACGCGUGACCGAGAUUGGAGGAAACAAACUGUGGCAGAUAAUGGCACAGAAGCAGGUGACUGGCCACAGCUGGCAGUCCAUGAAGUACCGCUUCAGAGUGCAGCUAGCACAUCGACUGCAAGAGUACAAGCAACUGCGCAUGCAGGAAAACAAAACGCACAGCACAGGUCAAACUGAACCUGAGGAUGAAGAUGAGGGAGACGCCUCUCCUGGCUCCGCCUUCCAGGAUCUGGACCCCGCCCCCCAGGAUUGUGACCCCACCCCCCAGAAUCCUGAUUCCGCCUCCCAGGGUCCUGAGGGCCUGUCAGCAGAGAUGGACGUCACACAGGUUUCCCAGUCGUCAGAAGAACUUGCAGAUGUAGAACCAACUCAGGAGAGUGAGGCAAGCGACCUGAUGGAGUUGUGCCAAUCAGACACCGAUGAGACCCCACAACCUCAGCCUGUGCCGACGGUGGGGGAAAGACAAACUAAUGCCCGUACCUCAAAUGACCUCUUACCCAACUCUGUAAACCGCCCUUUAACACAGCGACAGGUCAAGCUGGGGGCUGUCCCAAAUGUCAGAAAGCUCCGCUCAGGGACAUCUACAGAAGUCCUUUUCAAAUGGCCCCCGGUUCUUUUAAAAUCCAAACCAGCGGCAAGUCUGAGAAGUCAUCAGAGAGAAGAACCAUUACCACAGAAGAAAGUCCAGAAGACACAGUCCAGAGAAGCAGCGCAAAUGCAAGAGGAGAGUCAAGAUGGUCCAUCGGCAAUAAUGCAAACAGAUGAAGGAAAUUGUCAAGCUCCACAACCUCCAGAGAAGAGAGCAGAGAAACGGAAAAUUGGCAUUCUGGAGAUGGCGACGAAAGAGUUUGAAGACGACAGUGAGUCUGACUGUGACCAGUUUGAAACUCCACGGAGCACGUCCACAGAGGCUGUUUUAGUGCAAGAAGCUGAAAUCGCACCAUCGCUGACUCAGGAUCAGCUGGAGGAAGAUGUCAAGCUGCUCAGAGACCUCAUGGAGCAAAGCAGUCAGGACAUUGUGAGCGUGACCAAAUCUCUUCUGAAGGCCAGUGGAGACGUGGCUCUGGCGUUUGAAAUCCUCCGUAACCCGUCCUGCUUCUCUGGACCAGUCUGGACUCAGGUCGACAACCAGCGCUUGAGCUCCAUGGAUCCGGAGGCACGACAGGAUCUGCUGACCAAAUAUGGUGAAGAGAGCGUGGCCAAAAGGAUGCUAUUCCUUGAGUAA